UACGACAGGCGUUUGGGCCCCUCCCCACUUUCUUGUCGCACGGCAACGCAAACCGCCGCUACACCCAACGUAGCCUUGGAGGAGGCAGGCGGGGCCAGGAGGAAUCUGCAGCUGUUGGGAUGGGGGAAACCUGUCUGAAGGAGCAGAUCCUUGCGGAGACAAGCCAGGAGUCACAGCAGGAUUAUGCCCUCCAGGGCAAGAGGAAGAUAUAUAAGGUAGACCCACCACCAGAUCUCAAGGAGGUGGCAGCCAUAGAGGCUAGAAGAAAUCAAGAAAAGGAGCAACAGAGCCAAUUCUUCAAUGUGUGGACCAGAGAAAUGCGGGUGGAUGCUGAAGCCCUGAACAGCCAGGUGGAAGAGAAAAAGCUUAGGAAGGCAAAAAAGCAGAGCAAGGUGGCAGCUUAUGGUACCAACCAGGUGCAAUAUGAUGUGGUGGCUCAGAUACUACAGAAGGAACAGGCAGAACGGACAGGUCGGCUGGCCAAGAAAAUGCAGUUUCGGAAGCAGAAGCAGCAGCUCAAGAAAAGGCGUGAACUUGACUUUUGGGAUUCAGACCGACUCUGGAGGGAGUUUCCAGCUCAUCUUGGUGACAAUGAUCCCCACUGGGGCCCAACCAGCCUGCAGUGCUUCUCUGGGGAAGAUUUGGACAGGGCCAUAUGCCUGAGAAUGCAGCAGGAAGAGUUCAUGCACAGCCUGGAGAAGCCGCUGCAAGAGCAACAGCAAGCCAGAGUUGAGGAGAACUGUGCAGAUAUGCUCAGUGAACAGCUGCGCCUAGCCGUGGACUUGCAGGCCACCCAGCUGGCCAAGCUGGAGGACUGCUGCCACAAGGCCAUAAUGUCUGCCAUGGCCAACGCCAACAAGGCCCAGGUAGCUAAGAUGGCUAAGCAGCAGCGCCGUGAGCAUCAGCACCAACAGGAGGACAACCUCAUGGAGAACCAAAACCAGAUCACAAGUGAACUACUGACUGAGAACCCCCAGGUCGCCCAAAACCCUAUGGCUCCCCACAGCGUCCUGCCCUAUUGCUGGAAGGGCGUGAUUCUAGAGCAGAGAGCUGCCAUCAGGAAAGUACAGGAGGUGCAACACCAUGAAAAGGAGGCACAGCGCCAGACCGAACAAGCACUGGAUACCAAAUGGGAAAGCCAGUCCAUGUGCUUGGCCCAGGCAGCAAUGGAGCUAGAAGAGCAGGAGAGGGAGCUGUGUGCUGAAUUUCGGAGGGUACUAGGCUCCUUCAACCAGCAGCUGGCUAAGGAGCAAAAAGACCAGCCUCUGGAUUUCUAUCUGAAUUCAAUAAUCUACACCAAUCAACCUACAGCCCAAUAUCACUUGCAAUUCAACACCAGCAGCCGCUGAGCUCUGGAUGGUCAUCUCUCCCUCCUCCAUCAAUCAAGCUCACAGAGGCUGAGUCAAGAGAGGA